GUUAAAGAUUAGAGGUUUAAAGGGACCUGGUUUCCACAGCUCUACCUAUACAUGCUAGUGGAGUAGCGGGAGCCUUUUUAUAUUUGUUAAAUUAAUCACAGCUUACCUAGUAUUUAAAUAAUGGAUGAUACGUUAGACAUCAGUGGAGUAUCUGAAGAGGGAGAAGAGCAAAUAACAUCUGAACAAGUUUUUCAACAGCUUGAAGAGAUAUGGGUGAAUGAAAGACUAUCUCCAAACCUAAUGUUGUGUCGAACGGAUAUUACUGAGUGUAUAUUGGAACAAAUGCAAGAAAUGGAAGAAAAUAUUGCACGAGCUAAGAAGACUGAUUUGAAGGUGAGCUUACAUCAAUUGGAACUGGAUAGAAUUAGAUAUGUACUGAGUAGUUACCUUCGAUGUCGACUUGAGAAGAUUGAAAAGCAUGCAGCUUACUUAAUUAAAAAGGAGUCCUCAGAUGGUCCUUCUGUUUCACGACUUUCACCUGAAGAAUUUAUGUUUGCCAAAGAGUUAACAUCAGGUGUAACUUCUCAUUUAACAGCAAGUGCUCUAAAACACAUGCCGAAGAAUUUACAAACCUUAAAUCUAGAAGAUUCUGUUCCAAAUCUGGAUCACUACGUAUUUCUGCGAGUAAAUAAGGCAGAAGAAGGAAUUAUAGUGGAUUGUGAAACUGAUGUACAAAAUGAAGAUAAAAUAGAUUUGGAAGUUGAUGCACAGCAUAUAAUGAGAUACAAACUUAUUGAAAACUUGGUUGAAAAUCAAACUGUUUCGUUGAUUUAAAACACUAUUUACAAAAUUGUAGAACAAAAUUUAGGAAAAUGAUAAUCAUCAAUAACUUGAUUGUUCACAUGCAUGCGUAUUGCACACAGUGCAGAUGUAGAUUUAUAAAUACAGACUGCACUAGUGAUAGUUUUCUUAUGAUGUAUGUUCCUUGGCCAAAACCAUACAAAUGUUUUGUUAUCAAUAUCAAUUACAACAGGACAUACUC